GAGGCGGAAGUGAGCAGCGCGGCGUGGGCUCAGCCAUGACCCGGUCCCGGCGACGGCGGGAGGCGGCCCGCGGGAGGCGGCUGCAGGGCAAAGCCGUGAAGGCAGCGGGGAAGAAGGACCCGGGGGUGCCGCAGUUGGGCCGCUUCGCCGCCCACGUGGAGCAGCAGAACGAGAAGAGGCAGAAAAGGGCAGCUGAGGCGCGGCGGCGGCGGGACGCGGCGCGGGAGGCGGCGGUGGGGCAGCGGCGCAGCCUGGGGGGGCUGCAGGAGGACGCUCUGCGGAGGCAGAGGGAUUUUGAGCAAAAAAAGGAGGCAGCGGCGAGCCGGGGGGAUGCGCAGGGAGAGGCGUCGCUGCGGCAGUACGGGCGGGAGCUGCGUAAGGUGUUGGAGGCUGCUGAUGUGGUGUUGGAGGUGUUGGACGCCCGGGACCCGCAGGGUUGUCGUAGCCCACAGCUGGAAGCGGCCGUGCGCAGAGCUGGGAGCCGGCAGCGCCUGGUGCUCGUCCUCAAUAAGAUUGACCUGGUGCCGCGGGACGUGGUGGCCGCGUGGCUGAAGUAUCUCCGUGCUGAGUUCCCCACCGUGGCCUUCAAGGCGUCCACGCAGCAGCAGAGCCGCAACCUGAAGCAGAGCCGGGUGCCGGUGACAGCAGCCCCAGAGGAGGUGUUGGCUGGCAGUGGCUGUGUUGGGGCGGACUGCCUGCUGCGGGUGUUGGCCAACUACAGCCGCUCACAGGAGGUGAAGACGGCCAUCACUGUGGGCGUCGUGGGGUACCCCAAUGUGGGUAAGAGUAGCCUCAUCAACAGCCUCAAGCGGAGCCGGGUGUGUGUGGUUGGUGCAGUGCCAGGGGUCACCAGGUGCCUGCAGACAGUGCAGCUGGAUCGCCACAUCCAGCUGUUGGAUUGCCCUGGUGUUGUCAUGGAGACAGGAGCCCCCACCGCCGCUGCCCCACUCCGGGGGGCUUUGGCCCCACAGCGCCUUCGGGACCCCCUGACCCCCGCUGCUGCCAUCCUGCGGCGCUGCCCCCCCGAGCAGCUAAGCCAGCUCUAUGGGGUGCCCCCCUGCCCUGACCCCCGGCAGUUCCUGUCCCACCUGGCCCGCCGGCAGGGCCGCCUCCGUCCGGGGGGGCUCCCGGACCCCCACGCCGCCGCCGUGGCUUUGCUGCACGAUUGGACCAGCGGGAAGAUCUCUUACUACACGCACCCCCCCAAACGCGACGAGGUUGGGGUGCAGCUGGAGGCACAGAUCCUACAAUCAAUGGGGCCGGAGCUUGACCUUGAGGCCUUAGAGAGGGGCGAUGCUGAGGCACUGGCAGCUGUUCCGGAGGUGGUGACAGGAAUUGAGAUGUCCCCAUGUAUCCCCGAGGAGGAGGAGGAGGAGACCAUGGAGGACAGCCACGAGCAGGAGGACGAAGGGGACGACCUGAAGCUCGGUGCGGUGACGGUGGAGCUGAAGGCACGGACGAAGGCGGGGGAGGCGGGGAAGAGGAAGACCCCCCACCCCGUGCCCCACGUCUGGAGGAGGUGGCUGCACUCCCCCCACUGCUGCAGGGCCAGGGGUUGGCGGCCGCUGGGAAACGGAGGAAAAAGCUGCAAAAAAGAGCAGAAAAAAUCGCCACCAAGCUCUCAGACACACUGAUGGCAGCCAUGCAGUUCUGAGGACGGAGGUUUAUUAUUUUUGUAUGAAAUGGUUAAAAAAGCAGCUUUGGCAAUAAAAAUAUACGCGGA